CUUGGGUCAGGUCAUCGCAAGCAGAACGUGUGUCAGCAACACUGCGGCCUUUUUGCAGAAAGAGUGACCACGUAUGCACAGGCGAAGUCAAUAUUCUGCAAACCGACUUGCUUCAGUGCGCCUUUCACAGCAUCAUCAACACCGAGGCACUCUUAAGAUAGACAUGUCCGAGACACGCGCCACUCCGCGCAUCAAGUACGUGCGAGCCUACACCCAGACAGCAUCUGCGGCAGGCAAUCAGGGAGCUGACUGUCAUGACGUGGCAGACGACCACUGGAUCGACGGUGGCCUGGCGCCAAUCGCCUGCCCCAUGGCCACCUACCCGCAGUACCGCGCCUCGCGAAAGUCCUGGGGCAUCAACGCUCUGGGCACCCUGGUUGUGGAGGUGGAGGACGAAGAGGGACGUGUGGGAGUGGGGGUGACUAUCGGAGGGGUGGCGGGCUGCCAGCUGGUUGAGGGCCACCUCAGCCGCUUCGUGGAAGGCUGUGACCCCCGCGACGUGGAACGCAUGUGGGACCAGAUGUUUCGGGCCACCCUCAACUAUGGCCGCAAGGGUCUUCCCUUACAGGCCAUCUCCGCUGUCGAUCUGGCUCUCUGGGAUCUCCUGGGCAAGAUACGUGGUGAACCAGUUUACCAACUUCUGGGAGGCAAGACCAAGCAGAGGUUGCCAGUGUAUUGUACCACCGCACGCCCUGACCUGGCCAAGGAAAUGGGCUUUGUAGGCGCCAAGAUUGCAUGCCCAUAUGGGCCGGCAGAGGGCGACGCGGGGUUAGAGAAGAACGUGGCUUUCUUCCGGAACUGGCGGGACAAAGUCGGUCCAGAAUUUCCGCUCAUGCUCGACUGCUACAUGGCCUUGACUGCGCCGUAUGCGGCCCGCCUGGCACGUCGCUUGGAACCCUUGGGUCUGAAGUGGAUAGAGGAGUAUCUUCCCCCCGACAGUUACGCCGGCUACACACAGGUACGCGAAGCUCUGCGUGGGUGCGACGUGCUGCUGACGACGGGUGAGCACGAGUACACGCGCUACGGCUUCCGCCAGCUGCUCUCUUCCCGCUGCGUGGACAUCCUGCAACCAGACAUCACGUGGGUGGGAGGCUUGACCGAGGCGCGGCGGGUCGUUGCCAUGGCAGCGGCAGAGGACGUCCUGGUGAUCCCGCACGGGUCCAGCGUCUAUUCAUACCAUCUGCAAUACGCCUUCACCAACUGCCCCGUGGCCGAGUUCAUCAACCUCAGUCCAAACGCCGACAAGAUCACGCCUUACUUCGGAGGUCUGUUUCCUGACGAACCGCUACCCAAGGAUGGUUUCAUCGACCUGCCAGACCGCCCAGGAUUUGGUGUGACUUUAGAAAAGUCCCGACUGAUCCGGCCGUGUCCUCGCUCAGAGGAACAGUCCAGAAAACAAGCCCUUGCCAACAUCAACUGCCCUAUUCCCGAUAAAGCAUUCUUUCCAGUAUAGGCAACAUAAACAGCAUUAAAAUGUAUUGCUGUAGACAAAUGCUAACAGAAAAUCUGUAAAACAUUAAAAUGAAGUGUUUGACUAUAUAGCUACUGGUGUGAAAACUGCUGCAAAGAAACUUUCAUCUCCUAGAACAUAAACAUGUCUUUGGCUGUCUUUUAUUCAUACUGUCACUCCUCUGCAUUGUACAUUAUUACAAAACAGAUUUUUAGAAAUGACAAUAAAACCAAAACCUCCCUGUA